UGGCUUAACUUCACUAACACAGUGCAGAUCCUUGUGUGGUGGCGGCAGCUGCUGCCAAAGCAACAUUUAAUUUAAAAAAACAGCAUAGCUAACCAAGUGUCCAGUAGUCAACAAGGAGUUCUGCUGGGCAAAAACCCUACUUGGCCCUACUCACUUCUUGAAAACACCUGGUGAACUCCAGAAAAGGUAUCAGCAGGUGCCGUGGCACCCACAGGCCCCAUGUUGGGGACGCCUGAGACUCACCAUUACUGCCAUCCAGUUCUGCCCAUCAAGUUACUUGUUUCGACUGGUCAGAGUAAGUCACGUGACUCGAGAGUAGGGUAAGCAGCACAUGCCUGUUUGGAGAGUAAAGCCUGUGGAGGAGGAGUACUGCUGUGGGGAUGUGAUGUCACUACUUAGUGAGCACCUAGAAGUGACAUAAUAGCAUUCAUGAUGCUCUAGGAAUUCCUCAAACUCUAUGGGAAAGGUCAUAAAGAUUUGGGGAAGUUGAUUGUGUAUACUGUGCUGCCCCACCCCCAUUUUCCCCCAUCACCCUAUUAAGCAAGAGUGACAGAUGAGAUAUAGGGGUGGGAAAGGCGAACCCUAGACUAUAACUAGGAGGAACUGGGUUAAAAUCCUUCUCUCACCCAUGAAGCUUCUUCAUCAACCUUGGAUGAGUUGCUCACUGUCAGCUUAAGCUACCUCACAGGAUUCUUGUAAGGAUAAAGUAGGGGGAGGGAGAACAAUGCAUACCAUCCUAAGAUCCUUGAAGGAAAGGUGAGGUUAAAAAAUGUGUUUGAUAGAUGGACACUGAUGCUCCCUGAGCCCUCGAAGAUCUUGUGGGUUGUGUGUGCUUCCUGGUCUGGGCAAUUCAUGGACUUGUUUGUGAUGAAUACAAAUGAUAUGUGUUUCUCACCUAUCUUGCACGGCAAUAAGGUACGACAGCCUGGCCUCUUGGAAUUGCCCCACCAGGAAAUUCUCCAGCUCCUGCCAGUGAAACGAACAGGAGCUGUUCCACAGCAAGUCACAGGAAAACGGUGGAGAAUUUUGUACAUCCUGUAGAACAAGUAUUCAAAGCAACAGGAGAAGGACUCAGAUGGAAGAGAGAGUCAUGAGCCAACAGUACUGCAGGUGGAAGAGCAAUCUGGGGAUUAGAUUGAAUUUACUCCAUCCUGGAGCAACAUUUGUAUACAGUUUUCACCAAUAUCUUUACUAUUGAGGACAAAAAUCACUGGUCACACUUUAUUAUUGGGCCAAACAUCAGGAUCCUUUCUGCCCAAGGUGAAUGUAGGGGUUACUCUCUGACUGGAGCAAUAUUAAAAUCUAUCUUCCCAUUUUGGGAAAUGCUAGCAUCCAAGGUGCAUAGGAAGAUCUAACCCUUCUCUUUGAGUGGGACAUUCAUUUCUGUGAGGUGUUAAUGAAGGGCUUAGGACUGAGUCACCUGAGUGUCCAGUAGGUGCUAAUGAGCCAGGAGAUGGGUAGAUUGUAGUAAAUUGUGAGUUUAGCUAAAUGCAGGAUGAUAAUGAGCCAGGAGAGAAGUGGAGAGGAUUUCUACAUUGUGAGGGAGUGAGGUGCUAAUGAACCAAUUGAUGGGUUUCUGGAAGAAGUUGUGUUGUAAAAAAGAUGCCUGAAUAGCCCAAAAAGGCUCCUGAAUAGCCAGAAAGGAUGCAUUAUUUUUUUCGGAAGCCAUCAUCAUUACCUUCAGCCAGAAGUUGAUGGCCCUCAGAAUAGCACAGGAUAAACCCAUUUAAUAGGGUGAUUCAGGGUUUCCACGGGUUUCCAUGAGUAACAGGAAGAGUUAAGAAGGAAGCAAUAUCUAAUCUCCUGGUAAACAGAACGUGACCACAAAUAGUGAGGAAUGUCAUCCAGACUACUAAACAUAUAACCUUUAAUGGGUAAUGGAAUAUUUUCAGUACAUCCAUCCAGAACUGCCAACAGCAUCUAUUGGAACCUAGAGACACAACAAGUCUGUUUCUGAAGUUUUAAUAGGUUUUAUGCUUUGAUUGAAUUCUAUCUUCAAAAUGCAACGGAGCUAUAACAACACAGGUUGAUUUGCCCAAAGGAUUAACAUGCAAAUAAGUUACCUUUUGAAGCCUGAACGGUUAUGUUACUGUGGAAGGAGGAACUCCCCCAAAUUUAAGUAAAAUAUUGUCAUUUCCCACGCCCCUUGUUGUUUUAUCAGUGAUCUAUAGGCACAGGUUUGUCUUUCCCUCCAAACACCUAAGUACAUGUUUUCAUCUCUCCAUUAAUUCGGAAUGAAGAUAUGUCUCUCGUAAUGGGCAUUAACUUGCCAGGAAAGAUAGAGGCACGCACAGGGUUACCCGUGAUGUCAGUGGGCAAGGGUGUGAAAGUGCUUGGAGUGGUAAUUAUGACCUCUUACCUCCUCUGCUCUAUGACACUGAGGGGCACUAGCAGGUGCUUGGUGCUGGUCCCAGCUCCCCUCCUGCAUUGCAGCUCCAAGCUGUUCAGGAGGAAAGCACAGAGACAAAACAGGAUUUUCUUUGCCUAACUGCUGACCAAGAGAGGAAGCGAGACUCAGCCAGAACACGAUGCGUGAAUGCAUCUCUGUUCAUGUUGGACAAGCUGGAGUUCAGAUUGGCAAUGCAUGCUGGGAGCUUUUCUGCUUGGAACACGGAAUCCAGCCAGACGGUACCUUUCAGAACCAUCCCAAGAAGUUUACCUGCGACGAUGACUCUUUUACGACAUUCUUCAAUGAAACACAGACAGGGAAACAUGUGCCACGUGCAGUCAUGGUGGACCUGGAACCCACCGUUGUAGAUGAAGUACGGGCGGGCAUAUACCGCCAGCUUUUCCACCCAGAACAGCUGAUUACUGGCAAGGAAGAUGCAGCUAAUAACUAUGCCCGGGGUCACUACACGAUUGGCAAGGAGAGCAUCGACAUAGUCCUGGAUCGGGUUCGCAAACUGACUGAUUCCUGCUCUGGCCUACAAGGAUUCCUGAUUUUCCACAGCUUUGGUGGGGGCACGGGCUCCGGCUUUACCUCCUUGCUGAUGGAACGCCUGUCCGUGGACUAUGGCAAGAAAUCCAAGCUGGAGUUUGCCAUCUACCCAGCCCCCCAGGUGUCCACCGCAGUGGUGGAGCCCUACAACUCUAUCUUGACCACCCACACCACCCUGGAGCAUUCUGACUGCGCCUUCAUGGUGGACAACGAGGCCAUCUAUGAUAUCUGCCGUCGCAACCUGGAUAUCGAGCGCCCCACCUACACCAACCUGAACCGUCUCAUCAGCCAGAUCGUCUCCUCCAUCACUGCUUCCCUGCGCUUCGACGGUGCCCUCAACGUGGACCUGACCGAGUUCCAGACCAACCUGGUGCCCUACCCUCGCAUCCACUUCCCCUUGGUGACCUACGCGCCCAUCAUCUCCUCCGAGAGGGCCUACCACGAGCAGCUGUCUGUGGCAGAAAUCACCAGCUCCUGCUUCGAGCCCAACAACCAGAUGGUGAAAUGCGACCCUCGCCAUGGGAAGUACAUGGCCUGCUGCAUGCUGUACCGUGGGGAUGUCGUGCCCAAAGACGUCAACGUGGCCAUCGCUUCUAUCAAGACUAAGAGGACCAUCCAGUUUGUCGACUGGUGCCCAACUGGAUUCAAGGUUGGCAUCAAUUACCAGCCUCCCACUGCAGUCCCUGGGGGUGACCUGGCCCAAGUGCAGAGAGCUGUUUGCAUGCUCAGCAACACCACCGCCAUCGCGGAGGCCUGGGCCCGACUGGACCACAAGUUUGACCUGAUGUAUGCCAAGCGUGCUUUCGUACACUGGUAUGUUGGUGAAGGCAUGGAAGAAGGAGAGUUCGCCGAGGCCCGAGAAGAUUUGGCUGCGCUGGAGAAAGACUAUGAGGAAGUUGGAAUGGACUCCUACGAGGAGGAAAAUGACGGGGAAGAAUUUUAAAAUACAGUUUGGUCUUGACUGUG